AUGUUUGGUGGCAUGAGUGGUGGUCGAUUUGGCCCUUCUGGUAAUUCUCCCGGUGAAAUGGGUUGGUACGAUGGACCAAGCUCUGGUCGUUCUAGUUCCUUUGGUGACUUUAGUUCACGUCAACCAGGAACUAUAUCUGGUGGAAAUUCUCGCCCAGGUAGUUUAAGGGGAUUUGGUAGUUCAGAUCGUUAUGGUGGUUUUGGAGAUUUUGGCUCUGGUCAAUUUGGUGCUUUUGGUGAAAGAGGAUCGAGCCAAAGUAGCAGUAUUGGUGAUUACAGUGGUAAUGGUUUUGGUGCUUUUGGGGAUAAACCCAAAUAA